AUGGGCGGUCCCAAGACACCCGCACCCAGCAACCCUGGUGAUGUCGUCAUCGGCAACGGUGUAAUCCAGGUCGCCGGGCUCUGUCACCCGGACGACGACCUCGCGGCCCGAAAGGCUCUGCUGACGCACGCCACCAACAUGAGGAUCAAGCUCUUCUGCGUCCGGUCCAUCGUGUCUGCCACCAUCGUCGGCAUAUUCUGGUUCGGCGGCAUCGAAUCGCUGGUGCGCGACUACCUUCUUCGCAAGAGUACGCUGGAUUUUCUCCCCUGCCCCCAUUUCGUCGCCAGAGCAACAGAGAUCUAA